AUGGCGGAGUUUGUACGAGCCCAAAUAUUUGGCACGACGUUCGAGAUCACGUCAAGGUACACAGAUCUGCAACCAGUUGGCAUGGGCGCCUUUGGCCUGGUGUGCUCGGCGAAGGACCAAUUGACAGGUCAAGCUGUUGCGGUGAAGAAGAUUAUGAAACCUUUUUCUACACCUGUCCUUUCGAAACGAACGUACCGUGAACUCAAGCUCCUGAAGCAUCUCAGACACGAAAACGUCAUCUCGCUGAGCGACAUCUUCAUCUCUCCUCUCGAGGACAUCUACUUUGUCACUGAGCUCCUCGGAACAGAUCUACACCGCCUCUUGACCAGCAGACCGCUCGAGAAACAGUUCAUUCAAUACUUCCUCUACCAAAUUUUGCGAGGACUGAAGUAUGUCCACAGCGCCGGCGUUGUUCACCGAGAUCUCAAACCUAGCAAUAUCCUUGUCAACGAGAACUGCGACCUCAAAAUAUGCGAUUUCGGCCUUGCUCGAAUUCAAGAUCCUCAAAUGACAGGAUAUGUCUCCACGAGAUACUACCGCGCCCCCGAGAUCAUGCUCACAUGGCAGAAAUAUGAUAUUGAGGUUGAUAUUUGGAGUGCAGGUUGCAUUUUUGCGGAAAUGCUCGAGGGCAAGCCGCUAUUUCCCGGAAAGGAUCACGUCAAUCAGUUCUCAAUUAUAACAGAAUUGCUUGGAACUCCGCCACAAGACGUGAUCGAGACUAUCUGCAGCGAAAAUACCUUGAGAUUCGUGCAGUCCCUGCCUAAGCGAGAAAGGCAGCCAUUGAAGAACAAAUUCAAGAAUGCAGAUCCUUCUGCCAUCGAUCUGCUUGAGAAAAUGCUGGUAUUUGACCCGCGAAAACGAGUCUCAGCCGCCCAAGGCCUGACGCACGACUACCUUUCUCCAUACCACGACCCGACCGAUGAGCCUGUUGCUGAAGAGAAGUUCGAUUGGUCCUUCAACGAUGCAGACCUGCCGGUUGACACUUGGAAGAUUAUGAUGUACUCUGAAAUUCUGGACUAUCACAAUGUUGAGGGCGGUCCAGACGACCAACAACCACAAGCACUAUCGAUAGAGCAGGCACAGGCUAUGAAUGGACAGGCUGUUGCAUGA